AUGCUUGGGGGCAGGAGCGAGGAACUUCAAUAUAUGAGCAAGGAUGCGCUGACUUCGAACACUAGGCUGGCUCAGGCAGUUGUACUGUGGAAGAAUGUCCAGGAAUACUGCGAGAGCAGCACGUUGAAAGUAGCUGCAGGAGAUUCCUCGCUAGACGACGAUAUGGGAUGGUUGGCAAAGCGUUAUCCAGGAAGCUUACUUCAUCAUGAUUGCCAGCCUGAAGAAAACACGUUAAUCAAUUUUGGAUCACGGCUACGUGGGAGGAAGCGUCAACAUGAUAUCGGCUCGGAACAUGAUAAAGCUUUCAUCGAUUGGCGUGUACACGCAAGGUCGGUGGAAGAGGUGAUCGCGUCGAAGAAAUUCAUAAGCAAUAUGGCUGCGAGUGCAAUACAACACGGAGGAAAUAGGAGAAAUGGUAAGAUACGGGCCUCGACCUAUCUCGACCUACCUCAGUGA